GUGCACAGACAGCAGUGGAGGACAGUGAGAGGAUCUUUACUGAGCUGAUCAGCUCCAUGGAGAAAAAGCGCUGGGAGGUGACGGAGCUGAUCAGAGAUCAGGAGAAGGCUGAACUGAGUCGAGCUGAACGACUCCUGGAGCAACUGGAGCAGGAGAUUGCUGAUCUUCAGAGGAGAGUCACUGAGCUGGAGCAGCUUUCACACACACACACGAUCACAUCCAUUUCCUCCAGGUUUUAGCUUCUGGACGUCGCUCUCCUGAAAUGGAAAGACCAGACUUUCACACAUCCAGCGUCACUGUCCAUCAACAUCUCUCAUUUGAUGGAGUGAGGAAUUCUCUCUCAGACCUGAAAAAGAGACUCGAGGAAUUCUGUGAGGAGGAAUUCAACAAAAUCCCUCCACAUGGUAAGAGGAGCUGUUCCUGCUGGAGAAACACAGUGAUGUGUUAUUUCUUAGCGAUGCUCCUGCUUUCUUUUCUGCAGACACUUUAUUCACCCGACACUUUGAACUAAAACACUGAUUUAAAAUGAAUAAACUGACUGGAUCACUUUAAACUCUUUCCAUCUUUUACACAAACUCAUGUUUCUAUUUUUCUCUCCACAGCUGCAGCAGUUCAGAUCAUUUCAGAACCAGAACCACAGAGCAGAGAAGACUUUCUGAAAUGUACAUCUUACACACACACAUUCUGUAUUCUGUUUAUGAAUUCUGAUUGGUUGUUGUAUCUGAAUUCUGAUUGGUUGUUAUAUUAUUGCCCUUUUGUUGUGUUCUUGAGCCCAGAGUGGGGGGAGGGGGGGAGUGACAGGGUUCUACAGAGAAAAGUUUUCACUGCAACCGAACUGCUGUUUUCGUGACCACGCCCCCAGCGCGGAUAUUCAUGUUCACAUUGUUCAGUUUGUUUUUCUCUUUCAUUUUAGAUUUCUGUUAUCUGACUCUGGAUCCCAACACGGCACAUCGUCGCCUCAUUCUGUCUGAGAAGAACAGAGCAGUGAGUCUCAGUGAGAGAGAGCAGCGUUACUCUGAUCAUCCAGAGAGAUUUGAUUACUGGUGGCAGGUGUUGUGUAAGGAGAGUGUGUGUGGACGCUGUUACUGGGAGGUGGAGUGGAGUGGUGCUUCUGGUGUGUCCAUAUCAGUCUCAUAUAAAGACAUCAGCAGGAAAGGACAGGGUAAUGAGUGUGAGUUUGGACUCAACAAUCAGUCCUGGAGACUGCGGCGUUCUUUUUUUUCUCUCUCUUUCUGUCACAACAGCAUUGAGACUGAUCUCAGAGUUCCAUCACCCUCCAGAAUAGGAGUGUAUGUGGAUCACAGUGCAGGAACUCUGUCCUUCUACAGCGUCUCUGACACGAUGAAGCUCCUCCACAGAGUCCACACCACAUUCACUCAGACUCUAUACGCUGGGUUUUACUUGUUUUCUGGUUCUACAGUGAGAUUGUGUGAUCCAGAAUAAAAGUGUGUAGUUUUUUCUGUAAAAUUCCUGCACGUUGCCACGUUGUUGCUCAGUCGUCUGUUUCACUAGAACACAAUCCAGCUGCACAAAACAUUCAUUUUAAUAUUUAAAUUAAAACAGAUGAAUCAUUUAAAAUAAUUAAAAAGGAAAAGUUAAAAAUUAACUGUCAGACAAGAAACUCGUCAAAUUUAAAAAGAAAAUGAUCUCAUGACCUUCGCAUUAUAAAGUUCUGUUUGUUUCAUAUUAAGUAGUGUCUCAUUAAAUAACUAAUAAACAGUAAUAAAGCCAGAACAGAACAACAUUUUAAACCUGUUCAGGUCACACUAUAUAAAAAUAAAACAUCACUUUUGGAAUGAAUUUGAUUUUUCUGCUUGUGUUCUAAGAUGUAAAAUCCACAUUCACUUUUUCAAAUCUGAAGUUGUUUCUAAACCCUGAGAUUUGAUUGUAAAACAUUGAACAAUAUUUAAACUCCAUUAGAACAUCCAGUACAUGAUCGGUUCAGGCUGCCGAUGUCGUGUUCAUCCCAUAUUCAGCCUGGAUGAUGAUUGGCCCGCAGAUAGAACCUUAUAAAUCCAGGUUUAUCUGUGAGUUUGGGAUUUUUAUUCAAAUAUUACAAUCAAAGCUUUGCAGAAUAAAAGAUAAGAGCACAGGAGAAUAAAGUUUCCCCCAGUGAUGGAGUUUCUGUGCUGAACUCAUUUUCAGACAGAAGCAAAUUCAACCUUUUCCUGAGAGUUUCAGCAGCUGGAUAAAUAUUGUUCAGUAUUUUAAACUGAAUUUCUUUCACUGUGGGUGAAAUUGGCCGUCUAAGAUAACUACAGUGUGUAUUUGUUAGCAUUCCUCCAUCGUCAGUUAUUCUUACUUUUAUUUUUUUAAAUCAGGGAAUAGCUUCCAUUUUAAAACAUUUUCUAAUUCCUUUGUUAUUAGAUUUUCUUUCACCAAUUUCCACUUCACUGAUUUUCAAUUCAGGCAGUUUGACCGACACCUUUGAAUAUUCAAGGGUAUUUUUUAUCGUGAAUCUUAAGGGAGGUGGAAUAGCUCUACAAAUUUGAUUAAAUUCUCUAUAGACACAGUUUAAAUGAAACUUCUCUACAAAUUUAUUAAAUUGCAUUAAAUGUCCAUUUUCAUCCAUUAGACCAGUAAUAUCUAAAACUUUAUCAUUCCAUUCUUGUUGAAAUAAAGUCUUCCUAUUAAUAGUAAUGGUUCUAAUUUUCCACAAAGAUAAGUACGCUCGCAUUUGUGUACAUUAAAUAAAUAAUUUUGGUGAAAUUGGGCAGCCUUGUCUGAUUCAACAUAUAAUCUUAAAUUGAAUAAUUGAUUGGUAAUCAAUCAUAUCCAGAAUCAGUCGGACGUGGUUUUGAAUAUAUCUUCCCUUCAUGAAGGCUGAUUGAUAUUCGUCUACAAGUUUUACAAGUCCACGCUUUAGACGAUUAGCAGAUACUAAGGCAAGUAAUUUAUAAUCAUUGCAUAGUAAGGUUAUAGGUCUCCAAUUGUCUAGCAACAAGUCUUUUUUGGGUUUUGGUAGCAAGGUUAUUAAGCCUGUCUUCAUCAUCGGGGAUAAACAUCAUUUGUGAAUGCAUUCUAAAAAUGCUCUCUAUAAUAUAUAUAUUUUUUUAUAUCCACCCAAAAGUAUUUAAAAAAUGUAGAUGUUAAGCCAUCGAUUCCUGGUGAUUUACCAUUUUUCAUUUGUUUUAAUGCAAUUUCAAUUCCUGUUAUAGUUCAUUCCUCAUCAAGUGUAUGUUUGUCUUCAUCCAUUUUUUGAUGUCAUCAUUGAUGGGAUAAAAUAAGACGUCACAUUCUGAUUUAUUAAAUUCAAGUUACAAUAAAAGAGCCAAAUUCCA